AUGCACACCCAGGUCAGCAAGGUGAAGCUCACUCAGAAGAAGGCCCAUAUUGUCGAGGUCCAGGUCAACGGUGGUUCCGUCUCGGACAAGGUCGAAUUCUGCCAGUCUCUCUUCGAGAAGGAGGUUCCAAUUUCCUCUGUCUUCGAUAAGGACGAGAUGGUUGAUAUCAUUGGUGUGACUAAGGGUCACGGUAACACUAGUGUCACCACUCGAUGGGGUGUCACUCGUCUUGCCCGUAAGACCCAUCGUGGUCUCCGCAAGGUCGCCUGUAUUGGUGCCUGGCAUCCGGCCCGAGUCCAGUUCCAGGUCCCCAGAGCUGGUCAGAUGGGUUAUCAUCAUCGUGUUGAGAUCAACAAGAAGAUCUACCGCAUCGGCAAGGCCCUUCGUGAGGAUCCUAACAAUGCUGCUGGCUCCAACGAUCUCACCCAGAAGGCUAUCACUCCCAUGGGUGGCUUCCCCCACUACGGUGAGGUCAAUGAAGACUGGGUUAUGCUCAAGGGUACUGUUACUGGUCCUAAGAAGCGUGUCAUCACUCUUCGUAAGAGCCUCCUCCCCCAGACCAGCCGUAACGCUUUGGAGAAGAUCGAUCUCAAGUUCAUCGAUACCUCCUCCAAGUACGGUCAUGGUAGAUUCCAGACUGCUGAUGAGAAGAGGAAGUACUAUGGUCGUGAGGUUGAGGCCACUCAGGCUUAA